UCUCUGGAUCUAGAAAGAUCUUGAAGAAGUCCCGACGUGUCUUGCUCGUAUCGUGGUCAUCGUCAGCACACAUGAAUCCCCAAGAUGAGAUGCUUCCAUCCGCGUUGUAUACGAUUGUCGUGGGGACUUUUCGAUCGCCUCUAUCGUCGCUUCCCGGCCAGUCGUUGACGACCUGGAUUGGGAUUCCAUGCCUCAUCCAGGCGACACCUAGCACAGAUUAGCUUAUAUUUGGUAUUGGCGAGACCGCUACUCGCCCGUGAACGUCGUGCCAAGGUCCACAGAGACAGUCAAGUCUGGUUGCUCCUCCAUUUGUUGGUCUGCUCAAUUUCUCUCGAGAAGCAAUUGAGGAAGAGUCAAAAGAUAGUCUGAGAGCCUUAUUGCCAGCAAUGUGACAAGUCUCGGAAGAGACCCAUGCUAUAGACCUGUUUUCAGCCACCAGAGCUGGACUUCGUGAUAAUGGUUUGUUGGACGCACCUCUAAGGGUGUGCGGUGCGGGUCAAUUAUCAGCAGGUCGGCUGGGAAAAGACAGAGUAGGCCUUCGGCCUCAGCCUGAUACUGAAACACGCAUCUCGAUGCUCCCCUGUGUUGAGUGGCUUGACAAGGGAUGCUGCUAGCUGGACCUCGAUGGAGAGCAACUUGGUGGUGGCAAUCAUACGGCAGUAGGGCUGGAAUACUGAGGCUUUGUUGGUGGUCAAAAGCAACGCCUGCCCUGGAAGCCUUUGAGUCUUUGGUAUCCUCAUUCUUUCUCUUGUUAUCUCCCCAAAAACCUUCAGCAAGGAUCGCCCCGUCUCCUGAAUUUCUUGCCUUUCAAGACUUUUUUAUCUCUGACCUGCGACGAUGGAUUCCACGGAGGCAACCCCAGCAAGCCAAGAAGAAACCUCAUCCAGCGAGCCAUCGGAAAGAUCGCCAGAUGGACUCAAAGGCGGUCCCGUUGCUGGAGUUGCCAUUGGCUGCCUCAUUGCUGGUCUUGCUCUGGGAUUCAUAGCAGCUUUUUUACUUCUCCGGAGACGGCGGAGAGUCAAACCAGCAAACGAAGGAUUCGUUUUAGCAGACCAAAAAUACACGGAACCAAAGGAUGGGACACAGGUCAUAGUUUCAUCGUCGAGACACGAUGCUGAACUCAGUCAAUUUCUUCUCGAGGCAACCCCGGACAAGGACCUCCAAGCAGAGUUACGCUCACUCUCCGAACUCAUUUACCAGCAUGUCGAGAACUAUUACCGUAGACCCCAAGUCCAGGCCGACGCCGCUGAGGUGGCUCAGAGCCUUACCAAUAUUGGCUACUCACCAGAAGCGUCAGGACUACAGGCAGACACAGUUGCUGCCAUUUGCCUCAGCCCCAAGACCUCUCAAAUUGGACUUCGUCAUGUCCUCUCGCAUGUCAUCUUUCGGAGCCUCGAUUUCAGUUCCGGCAGCAGCUUGUCCAUGCUUCCACUAGCGGUAGCAACAAUGGCGCAAAGAAGCCACUCAGCUGAAGAUGCAAACAAUCCUGCAAUUACCUUGGCACGCUCAAGGUGGCGCACUCUCUCUGCUCUGCUUCUCCAUCCUAACCCGGAGGAGAGAACACCACUCCCGGUGUCAGUAACAGAAGCUUCCCCUAUGGCUCUAUCUCUUGCGAACGAGUUGAACCAGUUCUUGGAGAUGUUUGUUACACAAGACCCUGCUAGCCAACAGGAUCAGAUGAAUCAUCUGCAGGCUGUCAUUCUUGAGUGUACCAAACUGGGCUAUGUCGUUCUAUCGCAGCCGAGUGACUGGGGGUUUGUUUUUAGCAACAGUACAUCCAUUACAAAAAGCCGUAGGAUCGUGGUGUGUCCUGGCCUGGAGAGGCUCAGCCAUAAUGACGGAACGAGGUAUAGAUCGCCCAAGGAGGUGGUGGCACCAGAGACUCUGAGUUCGUGAGGGAGAGGAAGCACCUUCACUGCAACCUUCUGGCCAUGGGAUUUCAUUGAUUGGAGGAUUGGAGGAUUGGACUUGAUGAGCUGCAAAAGGCUCGAUAUAUAGUCCUUUGUUGCAUGACUUAUUAUAGCCACGUCCAGUAUUGAGUGUGUUUAUGAUGGAGUGUACUUACAAUAGACUUACAGUUCCCGUCCAUGAACAAACAACACG